CUACAGACGUCAUACGUGAGUCAGUGGAAGCCGGAAGUGGCCGGUGCUCCCCUCUCAGUCGUCCCCCUCCUCCCGGUGCUCCUGUGCCGUGUGUCCGUCUCUCUCGUCCCCGUCUCCGGCUGCUGUUGGUCGGGGAGCCUUCGUCCGCCGGGCCGCUCUCCCUGAUGGAUCUGGAAGAAGCUUUCCUCUCUGUGGGAGAGUUUGGAAGCUACCAGAAACGAGCCGUGGCGGUCCUGGUGCUCACACAGGUGUACAUGGCGUGUCAGUCCAUGCUCAUCGUCCUGGUCGGCUCCACGCCGUCCUACCGCCUCCACCUCACGGACGCCGUUCCCUCCGGCCAGCAGGACGCCGCUCCCUCCGGCCAGCAGGUCGUCUUCACCGAGGACAUGGACUCCAUCGUCACCGAGUGGUUCCUGGUGCGGCAGCAGGCCUAUAAGGUCAGCCUGGCCGGGUCGCUCUUCUUCGCCGGGCUGCUGGUCGGGAACGUCGUCUUCGGACCGCUGUCCGACCGGAUCGGCAGGAGGCCCGUCUACCUCACAGGUUUGUUCUUCGAGGUGAUCUUCGGCUACGUGACGGCGGUGGCGCCCAGCUACGAGGUGUUCGCCGUCUCUCGCCUGCUGGUCGGUCUGAUGAACGGCGGCAUCGGACUCGUCUGCUUCGUCCUCACGCAGGAGUACGUCGGCAAGUCCUACUGGGCCAUGACAGGGACUCUGACCAGUAUGAGUUUUGCGGUGGGCAUCGCUCUGUUCGGAGCUCUGGGCUACUACAUCAGACCCUGGAGGAGCCUGGCCACCGUGGCCAACUCCUCAGGAGUCCUCUUCCUCCUCAUGUCACUAACUCUUCCCGAGUCUCCUCGGUGGCUUUAUUCUCAGGGUCAGACGGAGCGAGCUGAGGAGGUUCUGCGCUACAUGGCUCUGAGGAACGGGAACCCCGCCAAGAACCUGACGCUGCAGCGAGUCGGCGCCGCUAAACCUGGUCGCCGUGACAACCGAGGUGGGGCGGGGGUCCUGCAGCUGGUGGUGCACCCGGUGCUCCGCCUCCGCACCAUGGUGCUCAUGUACGUCUGGUACUGCUGUUCUCUGGUGUAUUACGGUCUAACUUUGGGUUCUGGUGACUCGUCUGGGAGUCGAUAUGUCAACGUGGCCAUGUACGGACUGGUGGAGCUGCCGGCAUACCCACUCUGUAUCUACUUCAUCAACAAACACUGGGCGGGCAGGAGGAAGAGUAUGGCCAGCUUCCUGUGUCUGGCCGGCUCCGCCUGCCUCUGCACCAUGUUCAUACCUGAGAACACAGGAACGUUUUUGAGCGUCACCUCGUUGGCGUUGCUGGGGAAACUGAUGGUCAGCGCCGCGUUCAACAUCGCCUACGUCUACACGUCUGAACUCUACCCCACGGUCAUCAGGAACGCUGGUCUGGGAGUUUGUUCCAUGUCGUGCCGAGUCGGAGGAAUACUCGCUCCGUUCGUUCCCUCAAUGCGGUCCCUCCACUCGUCCCUCCCCUUCACCGUCUUCUGUCUCAGUGGGUUCUCUGCUGGCUGUCUGGGUCUGCUGCUGCCUGAGACGCUCAACGGACCUUCAGCUGACACUCUGGAGGAGCUCAACACCUCCUGCAGGAGCACCUCCUCCAGGAGCAGAGUGGUGGAGAGCAAGGCUCUUCUCUAUGACGCUGAUCAAUGGAGAUCAAACCACAAAUGAAGCGUGGUCUUCAUGUCUGACAGGGAGAUGAAGAGACUCUAGAAAGGCUCAGCGUCCCUUUAAACCAUGUGGAGCUCCAUGUCUCUGUCUGAUGUUUCACAUCGGCUCCUUCUGGAUCUGGAUUGGUCAUUUCACACAGAAACCAGACUUCAUGCCUUAUUAGAGCUGACAGACAGAUCAUGUGACUUUACAUUCCUUCAUGAAGUCAGAAACUUGGUGCUUGGAACAAAGUUUUCUAACUUGUUGCACAGGAAACAUCAAAGUUAAAUUAUUGAUAUGAGACAAUAAAACAUUCCCACUGCCGCUCAAAACACAGAAACUGCUUCUGUCUGUUGAUCGGAAGUUUUCAACCUCGUAUGUUUUUAUUUAGAUGCAAAUUUAGCAUCUGAACAAACCUUGAAUCAAUAAAAACGUUUCAACAUUUCAGCUCAGUUUUAAAAUAAAAAGUUGUGACGAUAACGGGAACAAAACUCUUUGAUUUGUGCCGUCGGUGCCUUUAACUUCAUGUUGAAUAUAAAUAUUCUAUUAUAAAGUGUUGAGGUGUAAAUAGAGAUGUUUUAUAUGCGGUUUGUUUUGUAUUGUGUAAACAAUCAUUAUUAUAAUGUACCAUGUAGAUAAACUGUGUUUACAAUAUCUCUAUGAUGUUCAAAUGUUUUAUUUGUUAAAGGAAGUAAACUG